GUGGUCUUGUCCAGCACGGUGAGUGUAGACGGCCACGUCCUCGCUGUGUCUGACAACAUGUUUGUCCAUAACAACUCCAAACAUGGUAGAAGGGCUCGGAGACUGGAACCAGGCGAGUCCGUGGAGAAUUCUAUGGAAUAUGCUACCCCAUGUAUUAAAGCCAUCAGUCCAAGUGAGGGCUGGACCACCGGCGGGGCUAUGGUCAUAGUCAUUGGGGAGAACUUUUUCGAUGGGCUGCAGGUGGUGUUUGGAAGCAUGCUGGUGUGGAGUGAGCUGAUCACACCGCACGCAAUCCGUGUUCAGACGCCUCCUCGACACAUCCCUGGGGUUGUGGAGGUUACACUUUCCUAUAAAUCGAAACAGUUCUGCAAAGGAGCACCAGGACGCUUCAUCUACACAGCCCUAAACGAACCAACUAUAGACUAUGGAUUUCAGCGUCUUCAGAAGGUAAUUCCUCGACAUCCCGGUGACCCGGAAAAACUAGCAAAGGAGAUCCUCCUGAAAAGAGCAGCAGAUCUUGUGGAGGCCCUGUAUGGAAACCCACACAGUAACCAGGACAUGCUGCUAAAGCGUGCGGCUGACAUAGCCGAGGCCCUCUACAGCGUUCCCCGUCCCCACAGUCAGCUGCAGGGGUUGCCCAGCUCACCGGCACACGGCAGCGUCAUGGGCCUGGGAUCCUAUCCUUCUCAAUUAGGUGUCAGCAUCGGAGAGCAAAGCAGCCAAGGUUACAUUCGUAACUCCAGCAGUUUGUCUCCGAGGGGUUACCCCUCCGCCUCCACACCUCAGCAGUCUGGCUAUGGCGGCGGCGGGAUGACUGGAGGCUAUGGAACAGUUCCCAUGACGAGUCUGGGAGUUCCAGGUUCUCCUGGCUUCAGCAGUGCCUCCCCCACAAGCUCUCCCUACAUAAUGCCCUCCAGCCCAACCAUACCAGGAAGCUCAAGCUCCUCUUCAUCUCUCUUGCCUUUCUCCUCAUUCCCUUCUGCUGCUAAACAGAAGAGUGCAUUUGCCCCUGUCCUCAGACCCCAAGGCUCUCCCUCCCCUGCCUGCCCUGCCUCAGGGGGGAACAGCUUCAGAGCGAUGACGGGCCUGGUUGUUCCCCCGAUGUAG